UCAACUCGGCCAUUUUGCAUAAAUCCCGCAGGCCACACGUAGGCGAGCCUAAGAUUGAAACAAUUUUCAGCAGCUCCAGGUCUCCAAUCCGUCUAGACCUGUUUAAAAAACCAAUUUCAAGUGCCGCCGCAAGUAAUUGAAGUAAUUUAAGAUGGCUCGCUACACGCAACGCCCGGAAAAUGCUCUGAAAAGAGCCAAUGAGUUCAUCGAGGUGGGCAAGCCGCUAAGAGCGCUGGACACUCUGCAGGAAGUGUUCCGGAACAAGCGAUGGAACUACGCCUACUCGGAGACGGUCAUCGAGCCGCUCAUGUUCAAGUACCUGUACCUGUGCGUGGAGCUCAAGAAGUCGCACAUCGCCAAAGAGGGACUCUUCCAAUACCGGAACAUGUUCCAACUGGUGAACGUGAACUCGCUGGAGAACGUAAUCCGCGGCUACCUGAAGAUGGCCGAGGAGCACACGGAGGCCGCUCAGGCGCAGUCCUCAGCGGCCGUCGCCGUCCUGGAGCUGGAUGACUUGGACAAUAUUGCCACGCCCGAAAGCAUCCUGAUGAGCGCAGUGUGCGGCGAGGACGCCCAGGAUCGCUCCGACCGCACCAUCCUUUUGCCGUGGGUAAAGUUUCUUUGGGAGUCCUACUGCCAGUGCUUGGAAUUGCUCCGCGUGAAUACCCACUGCGAGGCGCUCUACCACGACAUCGCACGGAUGGCCUUCCAGUUCUGCCUAAAGUACAAUCGUAAAAGCGAGUUCCGGCGCCUGUGCGACAAGCUGCGUAAGCACUUGGAGGACAUCUGCAAGAGCAGCAACCAGACCACUGGCGUGUCGAUCAACAAGGUGGAGACGCAGCAGCUCUGCCUGGACACGAGGCUAUACUUGCUAGACUCUGCCAUCCAGAUGGAGUUGUGGCAGGAGGCCUACAAGGCAAUCGAGGAUAUCCACGGUCUGAUGGCCCUGUCCAAGAAGACACCCGUGCCCAAGACCAUGGCCAACUACUACCAGAAGUUGGCCAUGGUCUUCAGCAAGGCGGGAAACCAUCUCUUUCACGCUGCAGCCCUACUGAAGCUUUUUCAGUUGACGCGUGAGCUGAAGAAGAACCUGACCAAGGACGACCUGCAGCGCAUGGCUGCCCAUGUCCUCCUUGCUACCCUUUCUAUCCCGCUGCCCUCGGCCCAUCCAGAAUUCGAUAGGUUCAUAGAGGCGGACAAGAGCCCCUUGGAGAAAGCACAGAAACUGGCCGUGCUCUUAGGUCUUCCUCAGCCGCCCACCAGGGUCUCGCUUAUUCGCGAAGUAGUGCGCUUAAAUGUUCCUCAACUCGUGUCGGAAGACUUUCGCAACCUGUAUAACUGGCUGGAGGUGGAUUUUAACCCACUAAACCUGUGCAAACGCAUUCAGUCUAUUGUGAACGUCAUUGAGAGCGGACCCGAGAACACUCUGCUCACUCCCUAUAUCCAGUCCCUGAAGGACGUCACCAUCAUGCGUUUGAUUCGUCAGAUCUCCCAGGUUUAUGAAAGCAUCCAGUUUCAGCGUCUGUUGCAGCUGGCCAGCUUCUGCAACAUUUUUGAGUUAGAAAAGCUACUGGUCGAAUCGGUUCGUCACAACGACAUGCAGAUCCGCAUUGACCAUCAAAAGAACAGCAUUUAUUUCGGCACUGAUCUGACCGAGAGUCAGCGCGAGUACCGACCAGACGGGCCUGCACUGCAGUCCAUGCCGUCGGAACAGAUCCGCUCCCAGUUGGUUAACAUGUCUACCGUGCUGACAAGGGCCGUUUCCAUCGUCUAUCCAAACCGUGAACGGGACCAGCGGGCCAAGCUCCGCACCCAGAUGGUGCACCAUUAUCACGAAAUAAAGGAUCGCGAGCAUCAACGAAUUCUUCAGCGCCAAAAGAUUAUCGAGGACCGAAAGGAGUACAUUGAGAAGCAGAACAAUGCACGCGAGGAAGAGGAGGCUAGACGCCAAGAGGAAGAAUCGCGAAAGGCCAAACUGGCCGAGCAGAAGCGUCUCGAGCAGGAGCAGGAAGAGCGGGAGCGUAAACGCCAUCAAAACGAGAUCCAAGCAAUCCGUGAGAAGAGUCUAAAGGAAAAGGUGCAGCAAAUUUCGCAAACUGCUCAUGGAAAGAAGAUGCUUUCCAAGCUGGACGAGGAAGGCAUCAAGAAGUUGGACGCCGAGCAGAUUGCUAAGCGGGAGAGCGAGGAACUACAGCGCGAGGCCAAGGAACUGCAGUCAAAGCUUAAAUCGCAGGAGAAGAAAAUCGACUACUUCGAGCGUGCCAAACGCCUGGAGGAGAUUCCGCUAUUUGAAAAAUACUUGGCCGAAAAGCAGGUUAAGGACAAGGAGUUCUGGGAGGCCACCGAGAAGACGCGCAUUGAGAAUGCAAUCACCGAACGCAAGGACGCUGUCAGCCAGCAAGAGCGUCUCAAACGCAUGUAUCCCGACCGGGAUGAAUUCCUCGAGGCCCUCAAGAAGGAACGUGCUUCUCUCUACGUCGAAAAGCUCAAGAAGUUCGAGAUUGCCCUGGAGGCGGAGCGCAAAAAACGCUUGGCUGACCGCGUUGUUCGACGCCGAGAGGAGCGCCGCCAAGCUUUUAUUCGCGAAAAGGAGGAGGAACGUCUUCGCAAAGAGGAGGAGAUUCGCUUGGCUCAGGCUGCCGAGGAACGCGCCGCAGCAGAAGCCCGCCGUUUGGAGCGAGAGGCCGAGGACGAGAAGCGGCGCGCACAGUACGAAAAGCAGCGUGCCAAGGAGGAGGAGGCCGAGCGCAAGAUCAAGGAAGACCGUGAGCGUCUGGCACGGGAGGUGGCCGUGGAGCGCGAACGCACCGAGAAGGAACGCGACACCUGGCGUCCCCGUGGCGGUGACCGUCCAAGUGCCUCUGCCGGCGGUGCUGGGGAGUGGCGUCGAGCAGCGCCUGCGGCCAGCGAUCGCAACGACCGCGGUGGGGAACGUUCAGAGCGUGGAGGGGAGCGCAUCGAACGCGGCGACAGGGUCGAACGUGGGGGAGAACGCAUUGACCGUGGAGGAGACCGAGACCGCAAGGACAACGAAGGAGGAGACUCUUCGUGGCGUGUACGACGUGAGCCAGAUUCCCAGCGUGCUGCUGCCCCUAAAGACAAUGCGGCUCUCCAAUCUCGGGAUGACAAGUGGCGACGAGGCGGAGAACGAGAGCGCGACUUCCGCAACGACGGACCUCGCCGGGAUAGGGACGAUGGACCUCGCCGUGACCGUGACGAUGGACCGCGCCGGGAACGAGAUGACCGAGAUGACCGUGGCGGAUUCCGUCGCAAUGAAGGCCCACGUCGCGCCGAAGAGCCUCAGCGCGAGACUGGCGGCAACUGGCGCGACGCUCCACGUCAGGGUGAUCGGGAAAAUCGCCGUACGGCUGGGGAAAGGCGCGAUCGAGAUGUACGCGAUGCACGAGAUCUUCGCGGACCUGCUCCAAAAGAAGCAGCCAGUGGUGGCGGAAGCGGCAACUGGCGCACGGCUCCUGCACCUCGCGAGGAAAAGCCCGCAGUUAAGCGUGAUCAACCCCAAGAUAAGGAGAACAAAGCCGGCGAUGAUGGUGAGUGGACCAGUGUUAAGCGCCGUUAAACUGCUCCGGAUCUUAGUUUCCUGAUUCGUUGUUGCCCAGCAUUUUCGUAUAUACGCAACAUAAUAACAUUUACAAGUUUUCAUUUUAUCCGAUUUGUACUUUAUUGGAAUAGAAAUACAUUCAAUGCUUGUGCCACACAGUAAAAAGGAGUUAGACGUUGAAUCGCUACUCCUCAAAGUACUUUCGAAUAAAAUAAACACGUUCCAAAUUA